AUGGAGUUCAAGGUGGGAUUUUUAGUUGCAUUGAUCUGCAUUGUGGUGGCUGGUGUUGGAGGCCAGUCUCCGGCUGCUGCGCCGUCCAAAGCUCCGGCUGCGGCUAAGGUUUCUACUCCGCCUGCUGCUUCACCUACGAAGCAUAAAUCUCCGGCUCCAGUGGCGGCUCCUGUUGCUUCAGUUCCUGUGAGUUCACCACCGACAGUUUCCACUCCAGCUCCUGUAAGUUCUCCACCGACCGUUUCCACUCCGGCUCCUAUAAGUUCUCCGCCGACAGUUUCCACGCCGGCUCCAUUGAGCUCGCCUCCAGCUCCCGAGCCAGUCAGCUCACCGCCGCUGGCUGCUCCAGUCCAUUCUCCACCAUCUCCGGCUCCCGAGGCCGCCACACCACCAGCUGAAUCUUCUCCACCAGCUCCGGCUUCUGCGCCCCCAAGUGAGACUCCGGCUAAGGCUCCGGCUCACAGCAAGAAGAAGAGCAAGAAGCAUACUUCACCUUCGCCUGCUCCGGCUCCUGAACUGACGAGCCCACCUGCACCUCCAACCGAAGCACCCGGACCUAGCGCCGAUUCCAUGUCCCCAAGUCCUACUUCACUUAACGAUGAGAGUGGAGCAGAGAAAUUGAUGAGGAGCUUGCUGGGAAGUUUGGUGUUGGGAGGGGCCGUGUUUGGCUGGUUUCUUGUGAUGCACUGUAGAAUGCAAGGUGUAAGAAAGCAGUACAGAAGCGUUGCUUUAACUUCUGUGGCAUAUGCAGCAGCAAGUGCUGUUCCUUCAGGAACAUUGAGAUUGAGGAAAACGAGUUGGAGUGCCCUCGUUACAGAGACAUUCUCAACUCCAAAGGCAAACUCAAGUGCACGUACAACCUCCCAAGGGUCAUUACCAGCUAGGCUGUCUAUGAUGACACUGUUGGACAAUAAUAUUAGUGACCCGAACACUAAGAAGUAUAAUGAUACAUACAUGGUUUUGAACCUUCAAGAAUUUCAAGGAAAUAAACCUUGA